AUGGAGUUGCUGACAAAAGAUGUGGAUUUCAGAGACAAACAAGCAAAGUUUACCUGUAAAUUGCAAUUACGUCUGCAGAGGGACGGCCACCGACUAUAUCGCUCGGGUUCUUUGCCUGCAUUUGCCGGUACUUUGUCUCCGCCGAUCCCGUCAUUCAAACACGUCGACCAAACCACCCUUCACAGCCUCUUCAGAUCCCGACAGAUUCAACUCAACUUCUUCUUCAACAACAUUGGUCAUUCCCAAAGCCUGGCAUUCACUCGCACCCUCCUCCAAUCCCCCGGCACCAUCUUCUUCUCCGGCGUCGACAAGUUCGGUUUCGUCGCUCACAAGAUCUCCCAGACUCUCGUCUCCCUAGGAAUUCGAUCCGCAUUUCUCUAUCCCGUGGACGCCCUGCAUGGCGACAUCGGCAUUCUCACUGGUCAAGGUAUCCUCGUCUUGUUCAGCAAGUCCGGCACCACCGAGGAGCUCAUCAGGCUAGUGCCGAGUGCCAGAGCCAGAGGGGCUUAUUUGAUCUUUGUCACUUCCUUCGAGGGGAAUCCGCUGGCGGGAAUGUGCGAUAUGAACGUACAUUUUCCGUUGGAGAGACAACUGUGCCCCUUUGAUCUGGCGCCCGUGACUUCCGCCGCCAUCCAGAUGGUUUUUGGGGAUACGGUGGCGAUUUUGCCCAUGUCUGCCAGAAAUUUGAGCAAGGAACAGUAUGCCAGCAAUCAUCCAGCCGGCAGGAUUGGCAAGAGUCUUAUCUUCAAGGUAAAAGAUGUGAUGAACAAGCAAAACGAGCUUCCCAUUUGCAGGGUGGGUGAUCUAAUAAUGGAUCGGCUUGUGGUGCUGACGAGUAAAGGACUGCUUGUAAUGGAUGAACAACAUCUGAUUGGGACAUUUACGGAAGGUGAUCUUCGACGCACCCUCAAAGCUAGUGGGGAGGGCAUCUACAAGUUCACCGUGGGAUAAAUGUGUUACAGGCAACCAGAGAGUCUCAUUUUGAUUUUUGAUUCGCAGACAUAAAUUCUUGUUGGUGGGUGGUAUGUGGAUGGCAGGAAUCCAAGAUUGAUUAGUCCAGACGAGAUGGCUGGGGGGGGACAUGACAAAGAUGGAAGCGCCUCCAUCACCUGUGCAGUUUUUGCCUGUCAUAUUGUCAUCGUCAGAUUGCAUGGCUUGGCUUCGGCUGGCCUCUGAAGCUUGUAACUUCCAACCUGCUCAGUUACUUUUUUUUUUUUAAAAAAAAAACUUCUUGCCCCGUUCCUGGCGGGGUUCAUGUAAAUUCCUUGAAAUUAGAAAGGAUAUGAAUUAUUAGAUGGAAACUGAAAUUGCUUGA